AUUUACACUUGUGCCUUGAACGUAAACAAAGCAAGCAGUGCUUUUUUAUAGUUCCACUAUCUUUUUUCUCCAUCAGCAAAGACGUCAAAGUGCUCCUAAUCGACGGUGCACGGACCAAUGGAUUGUGGCCCGGAAAAUUCUUCGCAUUCGGAGGUUGCAGACCCUGCGGUUGACGUCAAUAACGAAAGACAGAAUGCACCGGAGUGCCUCAACACUAGCUGCAGGCACCAGGAAGGGGGUGAUUGUGUCAAAUGUGGCGAGUCACGGCCACUGAGUCCCAGUCUGGUGGAGGAAUUGAAUGCCCAGUUUGAGGGCCGUUUAAAAUUCAUCGAGAAGAAUGGAAAUGACGACCGCUACAAGGUCGAAGUUUACGAAAGCUGGAUCCAACAGCUCAGGAUUAUCAAUCUGGAGCUAGUGAAUACGAUAAGAGAGAUGGAGGAAACGUGUCGAGAUCGUAUGAAUAGAAUGAAAGAAAAUUACGAAAAAAACCGGUCUCGUUACGGUUUAGAAGCACGAGCACGUUUGAAGGGAGACAGGGACAGUUUGCUAGAAGUGAUAAGAAGAGCUCACACUACUGGUAGUUGGGAUAUCGAAGGAAUCGAGUUUUACGAUUUAAAUGUGGAGGAAAUGUUUGGAAAAAAGAGCGCAAGUACAAUGGAAAGUCGGCAAGAUAGCAUAAGCGAUGGGCCCACUAUUUCACUCAAUGUAGCUGUUUCGUCCAAUUGUCAGUUUGAAAAUUCAGAAACUGAAAACUUAAGGCAAACGUUGGAUGCUAGGAAUGAACAAAUCAAACAUCUAGAACGACUGUUAGCGAUGCAAUACACACGGACAGAAGAAACUCAUGAAAGCGGUAGUACAGAUGAAAUAGAAGCUGAUUCACAUGAUAAAGUGUGUAAUAAUGAUCAUCCGAAUCAUUUAGACCAAAUAUUUAAGGAAACGAUUUAUGAUUCAAAGGAACAAACUUACAAGGAAGACGUGGAUUCAUCGACACAGAUGGACUCCGAUAUGAGCGCAACGCUAGCAGAAUUCAUCAAAAUGGACUGCGCUACAUCCAACAGAAAGGCAACACAGCAGCUACAGAACAUCGUCCGCGCCAAGACGCAACAGAUGCAAGCACUAGCGAGGGACAACGGAUCUCUUCGAGAGGAAAUUUCGUGUCUCAAAGCGCAGCUCGAGUCACAGUCAAAUGUCGAUAAGCAAUCUCUGGUUAACGAGAUUAAAGAUCAUUACGAUAAAAACCGUCAGCUCGAGAAAAAACUACGCGAAUACGAACAGUCGUUGCAGGAAUCGAAUGCCGCCGUGGAUUACCGCAACAAUGUGAUCAAUAAACUGCGGCAAGAUGUCAAACAUUUGAAAAAGAACUCGUCCGCCGGUGUCUGGGCUGACGAUGCUUCGGAUUCCAAUUCGAGCAUAGGACACGCGUCACUGUACUCUUCAAUAUCGCAAACAUCGUUCGGCAGUAUUCACUCCGGUUCAUCGGUAAAUACGGUGAUUGCAACUUACUCGGGCGGCGAAACGAUCGCAAGAACCGAUGCUGACCGGUUAACCGAAGAAGAUGAAUUGAAAACCGAUCAAAUGUUAAAUCUUACGGAAGAACUAGCCAGGAUGAGCGAACAGUUGCAUGAGUAUCAGUCGAUAAAACAGAGCCAGGAUGGCAUAAUUGGGGAGAAGUGUGCUAAGCUGGAUGACUUGGAGAGCGACUAUAGGAUUCUGCGUGAAGAAUACGAGAAUAGCGAAAAGAAAUUGUUUUUGAUUCGAUUUGAAAUUGUGAAAUUGAUCCGAUCGAUAAGAGAAAGUUGUAAGGAUCACUUUCCACUACCGCAGACCAUUUCAACAAUAGAGGAACUAGUUUCUCGACCGUGUAUUGAUGUUAACAUGGAAGGUUUAUCAUCGGAUAUACUGGGAAAUGAUCAACUGAUCCUAGAAGCAUUGCAGCUGCAUUUAAACAGUAUUACUCGAAAUAGUUUACUUCUAGUAGCAGAGAAAAGCGAAUUGCGGAAACACAUUGCUGCUUUACAACAAGUGAACCGAAAUCAUAAGGAACUUAUAGAGAAUUUCGAAAAUGAUCGACUGGCGGCGGAAUGUGCGAGAGAAACUGAAUCGAAGGCAACGUCAAUUGAUUCCGACAUUACGGCCGCCGAGUCAAGCAGCGCGUCCACCGAAACACUUGCCAUGCAACGAUUGCAAGUACAACAAGUAUUGCAUGGCAUGGCAAAGGAAAUCGCCUAUUUGAUAGGAAAGGAUUUGUCAAACGAUUCCUUGAGUUCGUUUGCAGAACUGGAUGCCGCACCCCUUCACUGUUUGAUCGAAGACUUGAAGCAGGAAAUUGAAGCAAAAGAUUCGCUACUGCGGGGCAAAUCUGACAUCAUCUUACAGUUGAGGCAGCAAGUUUGUGACGGGGAGAAAGAAAUGCACCGGUUGAAACUGCGCCAAGAGUCCGUGGCGCAGGACCGACUAAGCUACGACAAGAGGAUCGGAAAUCUGCAGAGAGCUCUUCAAGAUCAUGACGAGACGAUUGAGAAGCUCAAGCAGCAGAAUCGUUUGCUCAAACAGCAACAUGAGGAUAUGAAGGAGACGCUGCAAACGUACAAAGAAAAUAUCCGACAGGCGAUCGAAGAAAAGGCCAGCGUAGAAGACGAGUGUAAAAAUCAACUUCUGACCAUUUCCAACCUACGCAAUGCCAUCGAGGAAACAAAGCGCAACGGGAGUUCUUCCGUAAAGCAUCUACGAGAAGUUAUUGAGGUCAUGCAAUCGGAAGUGCUAAUGCUUAGUGAACAGUUGAAUCAUGCAUUUCGAGAGAAUAUUAACAAAGAAGGUGAAAUUGAACAGUACCGUGAUUCGAACCUACAACUUCGGUGUCAAAUUUCGGACCUGACACGUGAUUCCAUCGAGCUUAAGGACAUCGCCGGUUUGAUUGGUAUUAAACGCGAGCUAGAAGAACAGAAACAGCGACAUCUGGUACAAAUCAAGAAUGAAAUGAACAACCUGAAGGCCCAGAUAACGGACUGCCAGAAAGAGAUUUCAUCCAGACAGCGUGAUCAGGACUAUCUGAGCUACUUCAGGCAAAAGUGCGCGGAAUUGACAUUCACUUCCCAUAUGCAGGAAAUGGAACAUCAGCAAGAGUUGCAGCGGAUGCGGGAUGAAAUUGAAUCACUGAGCAUACAAUUGGUGAAUUGUGAUGAGGCGAACAUUCAGCAUGAACAGCUGCUAAGUCAAUCCAAUACACUGCAGAACACAAUUUUGGAGCUGGAAAAUCACAAUGAAAUCCUGCGGAAAGCUAUCCAGUCGUACGAAGUUAACAACGAACAAUUGCAACAGGAGCUUAGCACGUUCAAGUUUCAGUACGAUAAUUUAAAUCAGGAAUUGGGUAAUCUCAAAUCAUCGUGUUGUGAGAAAGAUAAUAAAAUUAUAAGUUUGAAUACUGAACGGGAAAAGUUGUUGGGUGAUCUAAGUCUUCACAGGCGAAUGUGUAAGUGUGGUUUCAACACUAGCCAGAAGGAGAGAUCGAAAACACCGGUGUCACAUUCGUUGCAGAAGCAGGUUGUACAGAAAACUCUGGAAGCGACCAAAGCGGUGGAUGCUCUGAAACAGAAGACUAUAGAGAUGAAAAAACUGGAGAAUCAAUAUGUCGAGGACCGGAUUCGAUUGACGGAACAAACGACGGAUUUAUUCACCCAGAUUGGCAAGCUUAAAGGCAAAAAUUCAAACUUGGAACAGAGUCUAUUUCACAAAGAGGAACUGAUAGAAAGACUACAGCAAAGCUUGCGGGACAUCAGUCAACGGUUGACCUCAAAGGCCGAAGUUGCACAAAGCAUGGAAACGAAAAAUGCCAAUCUAUCACAACUGCUGGAGAAAUUCCGCGAAGAUUCAACGUUGCGGGAGAAGAAAUUGGCUGAUGAAUUGAAUAACCUUCGCAGAAGCUCGCAGGAUCAAGCCAAUCAACUUCAGCAAUGCGAAAAUCAAAUUGUCUGGCAGCGCGAGGAGAUUGAUUCGAUGCGAGGGAAGUACGACAGCAUGGAAAAAGAAAGAGAUACACUGAAGCAAGAUGUUGCAGAGUUGAGUAGUAAACUUGCAUGUACUGCGGGUAAAGAGAGUGCACUUUGCGAAGUUCUGAAACAACUGAAAGAUGAAGUAUCUAUCAAAACUGGACGUUUGACGGAAGUAGAAGAAAACUAUCGGAAAAUCUAUCAAGCUUAUCAACAUCUAAAGAAUUUCAACGAGGACCUUUCCAAACAGAAUCAAGUGGCGCGCAGUCAUCUGGACAACUACAAAAAGUUAGUAGAUUUCAAACGACAGACAAUCGGAACGGUUGAGCUGGCACAGAAAUGUGCCGAAGAAACGCGUCGGCGAGAGCGAGCUUACGUGGAGAAAAUUUCGGAACAGAAACAAGCAAUCGUCCACCUCAGAGAAGAUCGCAUCAAAUUAACUGAAAAGUUAUACGACUACCAUCGGGACUCGUUGAUUCUGAAUCGCAAGUUGGAAGAUUUCCAACAAGCCAAUAGUGGAAACCUUAGGAAUAUCAGCACAUCGUUUCAUCAAACUUUCUACCCAUCGGAAGCGUACAAGCUGAUGCGAUCGAGCAGUGAUCCGAACUGUAAACAGAACGAUGAAUUGCUUAGUCGAGUGGAGUUCACUAGUAAUCGAAUACUACGUACCAGAGAAUUUUGGCAUCAAGGGAUCAAGGAAAUUUUGUCACCUACACGUUUCGCCAAGUGAAAGUAUAUAGGAGUUAUAGGGACCGUAAAUGCAUUUUUUAGAAGUUAGUUUUAUGUUUUUUUUGAUAAAUUGCCGUGCAAUUGUAAUACAAAUUUUGAUAUGUUAGUUAUUUUUGUUAUAUACAGAUAAAUGCAGAUGUUUUAUAAAA